CCUAUGGUAGAGCUGCUGUCUCGCUACUAAUAGAAGCUUUUCAGGACUUGGAAGAACAUGUCUUUUCAGAAUAGACAAAAGGAAGGUCAAGGGAGGGAAAUGAUUGCUUAUUGAAUGUCUACUGAUGUUCUGGGCAUAUCCCUUAACCCCAGGGAUCUGUAGGGCAACGUUGGGAGUGAGAUGUUUGCAUUGUGCCUAUUUUGGGGGGUUGAGGAAACAGAUAAGGAGAGGAUAUCAAUGAGUCCAGGGUUCCAGAGCCAAGGAAUGGCAUGGCUAGGUGAAACAUCACAUGCUGGGGAAGGGGGCAGAGGGAGCCACUCAUCCUUCCCUCUAUUGGGUAUCUCUUUUGAACCUUCCAGACUAAGUGCCAGGCUUGGAUGGAGUGCAGUGGCCUGUGCUACACAUUCUGGGCUAGGGCAGGAGAACUUGGCUGAGGUUUCAUUCUACCUCUGUUAUGGAGAGGAACAGGGGUUACAUCUCUGCCUGUGAUAUGGGCGCUUUUGCCACAAACUCACAUUUAGGAAGGAAAACUUGUAAUGUUAAUGCUACAUUUUAGUCACUUUGUCCCUACUUUCCUGCCUUCUCCCAGCCGCUAGGCUUGUCACACUUACAAACCUAACCUCAUAUCAUUCCAUGUGGAGGAUUUGCAUUUACGUUUCUUGCUUAAGUGUUUCUUCUGAAAGCAGUGCAUUCUAUGAGGUGCCCAGCAAAUGAAAGGAGAGAGGCCUUGGGGAAUUGAGAUUCCAGUUAACGCUGCUGUUGAUGUUGGGUAGGUCAUGGUGUUUAGUAGGUGGGGGGUGAGGAUACCAGGUUUGUGGAAGUUGCCAAAGAUGGAAAAUGGACUCUUGUAAUCGCUGCCCCCUCCAAUUUUAGGGAAAAUAUUAAAGAAAAAAAGUAAAUGCUGUAAGAAACAGUGUGUACAGUUUGCGUUGUGUAUAUGGUAUGUAUAUGUUUUUGUGUAUAUGUGUUGUGCAUUUUCAAAGCUCUUAUCAUGUUAAAUCAGAAAAACUGAUAAUUGUCCUUUGAUUUUCCUGUCCAAUUAAUAUUCGUAGACUGAGCAGCUGCCUUCUGGAGGGUCUCCAGAAUCACCACUUUCUACUUGUAAACCCAGUGCUGGAAAAUUUGCUAGUGGUGCUUCUGGAGGGACAACUAGUAGAGGACUCUGAUAAACUCCUUUUGAUCCCAUUUUCCUUUUCCUGGUUCUCUGUUUUUAGUUUAAUAAUGUUUGGUGUUUCAAGUUGGUUAACUUCUUUACGUGUGCAGUGCAUUGGAAUUGGAGUUAAGAACCUCUUGAAUGUGAUUGAGAGCUACAAAGGAAUCUCUCUGAGGAAUAAAUAGGAGAAAAAAGAUUGUGUGGAUAAAAUAACCGGAGAAGUUGACUAACAAAUCACGAGUCAAGUUAAUAUCUAAUUUAAAAAUGAAAACAAACAGAUCUUUUCUGUUGAGUCAUGCAGUCAGUCACCCAAUUCCUGGAGAGUCUUAGAAGGCUCCUCCCUUUGUCUCUCACUGCCCACAUCUGGUUUCCAAGUUUUACAUCUCUCCCUUGUCUCUUUCUUGGUCUAGGCCCUCAACCGCUCUGCUUGGAAUUUUCAGUCUUUUCUUUUUCUGCCUCUGAUUUUGUCCCCCCUGCACCCCAAGUCCCUUCUCUCCUGUCCUGUGUUGUACACUCACUGCUGGAAGAACGAUUGGCCCUCUCUCUGGCACAAGUGUGAUGGUGUUAUUUUCCCAGUGACUGUGGGGCAAGUCUCUGUGAUAUGGCCCCCGCCAACUUGUAUCCUUCUCAGACUCUUUCUGGACCCGAAACUCCCUUUCCGCCUAAAGUUUCCAGUUUCCAGAUGAUACCAGCCGUGAUUGGGUUAUUAUACCCCUGCAUUGACAGGCAUCUAGGAGAACCACAUAAAUUUAAAAGAGAGUGGUCCAGUGUAAUGCGGUGUGUAGCCGUCUUUGUUGGUAUAAAUCAUGCCAGCGCUAAAGUGGAUUUUGAUAACAACAUACAGUUGUCUCUCACACUGGCUGCACUAUCCAUUGGACUGUGGUGGACUUUUGAUAGAUCUAGAAGUGGUUUUGGCCUUGGAAUAGGAAUUGCUUUCUUGGCAACUUUGGUCACUCAACUGCUAGUCUAUAAUGGUGUUUAUCAAUAUACAUCUCCAGAUUUUCUCUAUGUUCGCUCUUGGUUACCAUGUAUAUUUUUUGCUGGAGGCAUAACAAUGGGAAACAUUGGUCGACAACUGGCAAUGUAUGAAUGUAAAGUUAUCGCAGAAAAAUCUCAUCAAGAAUGAAGAAGGCAAAAACAUAUCUUUUGUACAGAAAAACAAGACGAAAAGGGCAUGUAAAUGAUAGCUAUACCAACAAUACUUCGGACUAUAAAAUUGCCAGGAUGCAGUUUUUCCCUUAAUUGGUGUGUGUAUACAUAUACACACAUAUACACACAUACAUAUGUUACUGCAAUCUGUGAUUGCUUCAUCUGUAAAUCAAGUACAAACCUUUAUGUAUUUGACUUAAAUAACUGUAAAAUAUAUAUGCACUACAUUAAAAAACAUGUUGAUUAAUAGAUGAAAUUUUUAAUUUUUUAGACAUACCAUAUAUUGUAUCACAAUGUUGAUGUGCCAAAAUAUUCAGUUAUCGUCAUGCAGAGUAUAAGAAUGCUUUGAACAAUUUAUAGACUUACUGAAAUAAAAUAUGAGGAAAGCCAAAAAAAAAAAAAAGCAAAUGGAAAGUGGUAUAUUCUCUUUUGCUUACUGUUGUGCCUUUUUAUUUUUCUAAUAUAUAGCAGUACGAGUUAUGGGUGCCCUAAUGAGUGGUUAGUUUCUAUUUUAAUGUUGUCUCAGAGAGCUUUGGGUGUUUUAAUAUAUGAUGAAAAAGAACUUCCAGGGAACAUUUUCAUACCUGCAUUACUGGAGAGAGUCCAAAGAGUAAUUUUUGUUUCAACAGAUUUUGCUGGAGGUGAAAGUGAUCAGCAGGAGAGUUUAUCAGCAUCAAAUUGUUUUGAGUCUAAAUCUGGAAGAAUACAUAUAAUUAAAAGUAAGGACCAUUGAAAAAUUUAACUAGAGUAAAUAUGUUUUACAAAUACAAAAUGACCUUCUGGAGUGCCACAAAGUGUUAAGUGAUAUUAACUGUCAUUUGCAGUACAGUAUUACACUGCUUUUGCGCAUGGAACACAUAAGAAUUCCUGAACAGGUCAAAAUGAAGUUUCUAGUUGUCUUGGGUUCUGUAAUCUGUUGGGUUCUGUAAAGAGAACCAUUUGAGCUGGGCUGCUUCAUAUGAUUGAUUGUCAGUGGAUUGCAUCCGAGGAGUGGAUGGGCACAUAAUUUCUUAUGUAUCCAUGCGCUGCCCAUUAAUGAACAGUUCAAGAAUGUGUUGUUUUAGAAUGUAUUGGGAUGGCAUAUUGUGCAUGGUAAGGAUCCUGGUAACAGUUUUGUGCAUAUUUUUCCAACAACUGGAGCCUUUUGAGUAUGAUUUAAACAUAGUCUUAGUUAACCUUUUCCCCCAGUUUUUAUUUUUGAAAUUGAUGGCAAUCGUCUGAUACACAAGGGUGAAAUCUGCUUACUCUGGAGGGGUGUGUAUGUGUGUGUGUGUAGGACUGAGUGAGGGAGAGAGAGAGAGUGUGUGUGUGUGUGUGUGCAUGUGCUCAUGCUCUCUUAAUAUGUCAACUAGAUAUUUUUCCAGUUUUGAUUUUAAAACCAUUUCUGUCAGACUGAGAUCUUGUAUGCCAAACUUUAAUCUGCUCUUAUAAGGCUGAAAGUGUGAAAAUCCUAAGAGGAUUUCCUAUUGAAUAUAUGUACACAAUCUUAACUAUAGUGGUGGUAAACAUACUACUGUAAUUUAUUAUUCUAUCUUCCAGAUAAUGUUAUUCAUUUAGAACAAAUAAGGUAUAUUUUUAGAAUCAACUUUGUAAGCACUAUAAUUCUUUAAUAAGUUAUAAGGUCUAUGAUGUGUUUACUUUGAAAUUUGCUGUUUAAAGCAAGAUGUAUUAAAUAUAUAAUUAUCAUCUUGGUUAAGAGUCUUUUUUCCAUCCUUGUGGUUAAUCUUAGAAUUAUAUUACUGAGAAUUAAUUUACUAAACUUAACAUGGGUGGUUGAAUUAAUUCAGAAAUAAUGAAGGAAACUAAGUUUAGUGUUACAGGAAUUGAAUGAUUUUCACUUUGAGUUCUUAAAUUAUUUGUAUAUCACCUAGAAAACAAGAAAAGAUAUUUCUGACAAAAAUAAAAUUGCUUUGAUAUUUUGAUAAGUGUAUAAAUAUAUUACAUCUUUUUUUUUGCAGUGAAAGUGGUAAACAUCUUUUAAUACUGCUAUAUUGGCAGUGCUUCCUGGCUUUUAUUAUUUAAAGUUUUAAAACUUGAAUAGUUGAAAACUGAAACUUAAAUUCUAUGAAAGCACAGGCAAAUAAUUAAAAUUAGCUAGCAAGAACCCUGGUAAUACUUUUGUUAUAAUCUUCAUUUGUUUGCCCUGAACUGUUUUACCUUCAUUAAGGUCUUUGGAACCUCUCAGUGGUGCCUCUACUUCACACAUCUGUUUUCUAGGUGGAAUCCAGACUUGGUCAAUAUCAUUAAAUACUUCUCUAAUCUUUCGGCUCACUUACCUGCAUAAUGACAUGUAUUCUUUGUAAGGUAAUUCUUCCAGUGAUGGUCUGUGAAUGGUAGACUCUUCGCUUUUUGUGUCUGAAAAAGUCUGUUUCAUUCUUGAAGAAAAAUUUAGCAGGCCAUAGAAUUCUAGGUUCACAGUUUCCCCCUAAUCCCACCACUUUGAAGAUUUUUUUAACUUGUUGUCUUCUGUCAUCUAAUGUUGCAGACAACAAGUCUGCUAUUAGUGGAAUUUUCUUUCCUUUGUAGAUAAUCUGUUUUUUUCUCUCCAGGAGCUUUUUCAUGAUUUUCCCUUCAUCUUCGAGGUUUAGUUUCACUUUUACUUGUUUGGUUUUAAAAUUUGUUUUUAUUUUUCUUGCUUAGUAUUCAGUAUGCACUUUCAGUCUGUGGGCUCAUGUCUGGAAAAUUUAAAAAUCUGGCUGCGUAUUGGAGUCCUGUGGAGUCUUGUAAAAAUAUGCUGAUGCCUAGAUCCCACUCCCAGAGACUCUAAUAUAAUUGACCUGAGGUGUGCUCUGAGUAUUAGGAGUUUCAUAAGUUCCCCAGGUGAUUCUAAUGUGCAGCCCAGGUUGACUCUCACAGGUGUAGAUACAUGUAAUGUAAGGUGGAGGGUCCAGGUGAGAGAGAUGUAAUGACUUGGAAAUGAAGAGUGAGGGACACACUGAGAUACAUUUUGGAUUAAAUCAUCUGAACUUGGUGACUUGGGUAUAAAGGUCGAGGAAGAGGAAAUGGGAAAGGUGACUUAAUUUUUCUCCCUUGGAAAACUAAGUGGAUGGUAUUUCUGUAAACCGAAAAAGGAAUGCAGAGAAGUAGGUGAAUGGAAGUUUGAUUUGAUAUGUUGAGGCUGAGGGAUGUAGGAGGCCUCUGGUAAAGAUGAGUGUAAGCAGUGGGAUAUUUGAGCCUGGGUUAUUGGGUGUAAUGAGGGAGUCAUCAGCAUAUGACACUAAUAAAUACAGCUGUGGGAGUGGAUGAGGUCACCUGGGGAGCAUGGUAUAGUGAAAAGGAAGAGAUCUGAGGCACACUGGCCUGUUGGCAGAGAAGCUGGUGAAGGAGAUAAAGGGGGUAUAGUCAGAAGUAGGAGGAAAAAUAAGAGAGUGAUGUGGAAGCCAAAAUAGGGGGUUUCAGGCAGAGGGUAACUGGUAGAAUGAAGUACAGUUGGAGGGAAUAAUUGACUUUAGAAGUACAGGUAAUGAUAUCUGAUUGUUUUAUGUUGAAACUUUUUUCUCUAACCUAUUUUAUCUUAACAUUUAAAGUAUAUCAUUGCAUACAAAAUAUAUUUGAGAAAAGCCUGAUCAUGCACUGUCAUUUAUUACUAGUAAGGGGAGCUGGGGACAGCUAGAGAACUUUGAAAGAAUAGUGGAGAUUGGGGCCGUAUCUUUGAAGAACGGACCCAGGAACUGACUAGAGGUGAAUAAAGAAUCUUCAGAGUUUUGAGACCAUCCAGGACCCAGGUGAGGCUGGAGACCAGGUAUUUGCAGUGGAGUCAGUUAACGUGGCGGUGCCAUGUUUAAAUGGGCUCUGUAGCCCAGGGCCUAGGCCACUUGUGAUGGAGCAGAUUGAGUCUAGUGGGGAGUUCGCUGGUAGACAUGGCACAAGCCUUUGUGGAAAAUUAAAGAGGCUCCUAAUGCAAGGUCAAGAGAUUUAUCGUGGGAUCCAGGCAAAUUGGGGAAGGAAGUUGAAUCAGCAGUGCUAACCUGACUGCAUGGGAGAACGGUGUGAGGUGAAAGGACAGCACUCUAAGGAGGCCAAAACCCUGUUUGAUGGGAAGGGUGAUCGGCUUGGGGUUUGUAGUCAGAGAGGGAUUUAAUGGCUCACUUCCAGGUCUCGAGGUCCAGGGUAUGAUCUGAACACCUGUGUUUCCAUGGUUUACAGAAGUGGCUGGAGAUCUGAGGCCUGGGUGACCAGCUGUUAGUACCAGUAUGGACGGUACUAGAAUGGUCGCAGAGGCUGGGUGGAAAGGAAGGUCUCCUCUGUGGGCUCAUGACCAUUAGAGUGAAACACUUAUCCAGAUGCCUUGAUUGUAUUGGAAUUCCAAUUAGAGUCCCUUCCCCCCUUUUAUGUAAUUAUUUUGAGUUGUUUCAUCAUCCUAGGUGCUUUAAAAAUUCACACGAUGUUUAGGAGUGUGUCUUCUACUAGUCCUGUUCAAUCAGAGACAUCAUCUCUUUAAUCCUGGGCAAUUUUUUUUUCUGUGUUUGCUGUUAUUAUUCCUUUGUUCACCUUCUCCGUUCUUCUAAAAUUCCUCUAUUUGGGAGAUCUUUGACCUUUUGUUCCUGUUUUCUAUAGAUCCCUUAGCUUUCCUCUGUUGUGCUACAUUCUAGAAGAACUACUUAACUGGAUCUUCCAGCUAAACGAGUUGCUCUUCAGCUGUACCCAUUCAGCAUUCAUCCCAUCCGUUGAACUUUUAAUUUCAGUGAUGACAAUUUUAAUUUCCAGGAUCCCUCUUUCUGUGUGUGUGUAUGUGUGGCAGUGUGUGGUCAUUCUUGUAUUUCCUGAGGAUAUUAAUUAAUCUUCUAAAGUUCUAAACUCUUCUUAAGAUCCAUGGCAGGGAAGGGCAGGAUGCGCCUGCACCAGCCUGUCUCUGGAUGUGAGCACUCCUUGGUCUGCCUUGGGCACACUCCCAGGCUUUUCUCUGAACUUAGUGCUCACACCGCUUGCAUCUGGGGGCAGAUACUGUGCUGUCUAUCUCUGCCCGGUCCAAAGCAGCGAGUAGAAGUAUGGAGGGGUUGGCUAGAUGGCUGCUUCUGCAGGAGCCUGCUCUAACGCAUGAGGUCUGUUGCCCUUGGUAUUUCUGGUUCCAAGCAUUAGCCACCUAUGAGCUUUGAAUGUCCCUAGUUUCAUUUUUAGCAAAUCCUUUCCUUGAGUGAGCAGUGGUUUCUUUCCACCUAUCUGCUCUCAAUUGUUUUCUUGCUUUCAGGGCUUCCUUGUAGUGGUAAAGACAUGGAGGAGACUUCUCCUUAUCUGGCAGUAUACUUGUAGAUUCCUUUACCUUUUAAAAAUCUUUUGUUGUUUCUAUGGAUGUGGGAUAGGAGGGAAAAGCUACAGGUUGACUAGUCUGCCUCCCUGAUUCAAUCUUCCCCACAAUUUUUUAUACUGUAAAAUCUCGCCAUUUGCCUGAUGAUUUGUCUUCACAUUUCAAAAAUUCAAUUUAGUGGGAGCUGAGAUAAAUGGGUUAAGUCAGUGGUUUCCUGCUUGGUCUCAAUAAAAAUUGGGAUAUGGAGAUUUUUUUUUUGCCUUCGAAAUACAUUUAGUUCAUUGAGAUCAUUGUGCCAGGAAGUGUAAAUAUCCUUGUAUCUGUUCCUUUAUGCCUCCCUUCUUUUUAUCACUGAUGAAAUCUGUGAAACCUGUCAUCCUUCUCUGUGAUUUACAAGACAGACUUUUCCAGGGUAUGUCAACUGUUCUGAAGAAAAUGUUGUUAAGGAUCAGAUUUGGCAGAUCAGAUAGAUAAUGAUGUGCCUGUGAAAGACUGGGCUAUUGAUGAGCCUCGUGUCAACACUGAUUGCCAUAUGUGGGCAAUUUUUCCCUUUCACCGGUGCUCUGGCUGAGGUGUCUGUAAGGAUUUUCAUGAGCAAGGGACGGUUUUGAUUCUAAAUCAGAAUUCUGUGCUGGCACAACUGUGUUAUAUUCUGCUUGGUCAUGGCAGGAUUUGUAACUGCUCAUAGUUCUGUGGCUUCCCCAAAGGUGGACUUUAAAAGUAAUGAGCACUUAGGAAACGUAUUUCCAUUUAAAAUUAUCUUUUUUUUUAUUACUGUUCUGAAACUAAUAAAUUCACUCAGUACUACUGUGUUUCCACGGGUUUGUUCAGUUCGUGAGAUUUUGUCUCUCUUAGAAACAUGUUUUGAGUAACUUGUACGGAAUGUGAUCGUGGACCAAUUCAUUGUGAUGAGCAAUUGAGGAGACGAAAGAAAGAACCCAACUGCUGAAUCUGAUUGUUUUAGAAGAAAAGUUUCUAAAAUGCAUUCCCUGGGAAUUUCUGCCAUUGAAUGAAAGUCAUUUCUAUUUCCUUUAUAGUCAUCACAUGGCACUCCUAGAUCUUCUGGGAAUGUCUGCUCAACCAAGUUAUGACGGUGACAGUUCUGUUUUGAAACAGUUCCUUCUGCCUUCACAAAAGCUUGAAAUUUUGCAGCAGGACAUUACAGGAGGACAGACUGCUGCCCCAUCAUCUUAGGAUCAGCUGGAGGCAGGCUGCUGUGCUUGGUCUCCACACACUGGACUUGGGAAGCCUGAACACUGACAAACUGAAGAUGAAGUUUAAAGAUGUUUGUAAAGACAAAUCUUUGCGGAAUUUUCUAUGCCUCAGACCUAGUGUGGGUUGAUAUCAUGCCUGUCCAAGAGAGAAGGCGGGUCAGGAUAUGUUGAAGCAAGUCUUCUAGAAUAUAUGUAAAAUUCAUAAUAAAGUUGAGUCAGAUUCAACUUUAUUUUUUCCCCACAAAAAGUAAAUUAGUGAUUCUUAAAUCUUUGUUAGGAUUAGUUCUGGUCCUGUGAUCCCAACUACCUGCAAGGGGGCUGGGAUGUGCAAUCCCUCCCCUGACAGGAGAACCAAAUAUAGGUGAUCAUUGGUAAUGUCCACCUCAGUUGGUUGAAAGCAUUUUGUAGCACUCUCUUCCCACUACAGUAUUUUUCUUCACAAGUGAUUCAUAGUGAACAGUUAUAAGGAAAUGAAAAUUCUUUUGGUGGUAAAAUUAUAGCCUUUAAAAUACAUAAAAUACAAACUUU